UUGGCGACCCGGUGGGGGGAAGAGGGAGAAGAAAAAAAAAUGGCGUCUUUCGUGGCUGAGGUGCUGGCGUCGUCCGGGAGGCUGGAGAAGGAGGACAUCAGCACCAAGAUCAGCAAGCUGGCCCGCCGGGUGGAGGAGGUGAAGGGUGAAGUAUGUGACAUGAUCAAUAAGAAGUAUGAGGAGUUCGUCCCAAGUUUAAAAAAUGGAGAGGAUUUGGUAAAUCAAGUGGAUGGGAUAUCGAUGGAGAUAGACGUCCUUAAAUCACAGAUUGAAAAUGAGGUGCAGAGAGAUCUCCGUGUUGCUGUGACUGAGUUCAGUGAGCUGAAACAACAACUGGAGAAAAGUACGGUUUUACUGGGUGUGUUGACCCAAUUACAUGAGUUUGACACUGCCCUUGAAACGCAUCACCAAGCCUUGUUAGAGAAAAACUACAUCAAAUCUGCCACUCAUCUCACUAAGGCACAGUCCAACCUGACCCUACUAAAAUCAAGGAAGGGAGUUGAGCUGAAGAUGUUGCAAGUGCUUCACACAGAGCUGAUUGUACAGAAGGAGAAAUUGCUGUACCAUCUGGGUGAGGAGUGGAAGCAGCUGGCAGUUUGGAACUUGCCCCCUUCACCAGCUCCUAAAAAAGCUGAGGAUUUAUUUGGGUGGACUUUGAAGACUGAGCUGCGCUUGUGCAACAUGACAUCAAAGAAGAAGAGUGAUCUUGAGCCUCUACUUGUGUCGAUACUUCAAGGCUUUGCUAUCCUUGGUGAACUGAGCAGGAAGCUGAAAUUCUUCAGUCAGAUUCUGAUGAAAUACAUUUUGAAACCACUGGUUCUUGAUCCUUCCCUUGAUGUUGAGAUUGAACUUCAGACACAAGAUGCGAUAUUACGGCUCAGUGCAAUUGAAAGGCAAUCUGACCAUGCCUUGCCAGCAGCAGUUUACCAGAAGGUGAUCACUGUGUUGGAGUUCCUACACCAACAUCUUCUUUACGUGUCUCAGUGGGAUUCUGUGGUUUGUAACGUGAAGCAGGAUGUAAUCUUAGCAGAGAUGCUGGGAGAUAUGAUCUGGGAGGAUUUAUCCGAAAUCAUUAUCAAGAAUUGUUUAGUAUAUUCUAUACCAGCAAACAGCAGCCAGUUGGAUCAGUACGAAGAGGUGAUAAAAGAAACAGAUAAAUUUGAGAAGAAGCUUAAAGAGAUGAAAUUUUUGCGGGACCAUUCCACAGACUUGUUAAAAUAUGCAAGGAAUGUAAAUGUUCACUUUGCCAGUAAGAAGUGUCAAGAUGUGAUAGUGACUGCCAGAAACCUGAUGACAUCUGAGAUCCACAACACUGUGAAGAUUACACCCGAUUCUAAGGUCCCCAUACCAAAGCUACCCAGCCUGGGGUUGGUCAGCAGAGCAAAAGCGCCAAAGACGUCCAACAUUGCUCCGAGCGACAUGGUGAACCUGGGGAAUGGAAAGCAGCUCAGCCAUCGGACUCUCUGUGUUCCCACCUGCCGUAUCAGCGAAUCCGUCCAGAAACUGGUGGAACUGGCCUACCAGACUCUCUCUGAGGCCACAAACGCCACGCCUGAAUGUGCCGUUCAGCUUUUCUACACAGUUAGAAACAUGUUCCAUUUGUUCUACGAUGUGGUGCCUACCUAUCAUCGGGAUACCCUGCAGAAGUUACCUCAGCUGGCUGCCAUUCACCACAACAAUUGCAUGUACAUUGCCCACCAUCUAAUUACCCUGGGCCACCAGUUCCAAUGCAGUCUCCCAAGUCCUUUGUGUAAUGGAGCUGCCACCUUUGUAGACUUUGUGCCAAGUUUUAGACGUUUAGGGACGGAAUGUUUCUUAGCGCAAUUGCGUGCCCAAAGAGAUGAGUUGCUGGAAAGGUUGUCGAAUGCAAGAAAUCUUUCAAGCCUGGAUGAUGCAGAUAAUUACUCGGCUGCAAACAAAGCUGUCCGGCAGGUGAUUCAUCAGUUAAAGAGGUUGGGCAAAGUUUGGCAAGAUGUGCUUCCAGUUCAUAUAUAUUGCAAAGCUAUGGGUACUUUGCUUAACACAGCAAUUACAGAAAUUGUGAACAGAGUCACAGUGCUAGAGGAUAUCUCCUCGGAAAGUGCAGACUGUCUCUAUUCAUUAUGUAAAACUAUACUCGAGGAAGGGCCCCAGAUCUUCCAACCACUACCUGAAGAAAGCAGAAACAAAAAGUAUCAAGAAGAAAUUCCAGUAUAUGUGCCAAAGUGGUUGAAAUUCAAGGAGCUAAUGACAGUGCUUCAAGCUAGUCUGCAGGAACUGGUGGACAGAUGGACUGAUGGGAAGGGCCCUCUCGCAGCAGAAUUUUCCCCAGUUGAGGCAAAGAGCCUAAUCCGAGCUUUGUUUCAGAACACAGAGCGAAGAGCAGCAGCACUGGCUAAAAUCAAAUAAAAAUAGUUAUGGUUUUCUAUGUAUUCAAUGAAUUAGAUGUUAAUAAAUGUAUACUUACCUUGUAAACACUAUCUUUUUGCUGAGUUUUUCCAGGUAUUUUUGUUUUUGUUAUCUUUUUAUUUUGUUUUUAAUGUUUCUUAAAAGCCAUACGUCUGUAGAAUAUUGUAGCAAUAUGUUCAAGAAACCAGCUUGUUCUAUCGAUUGUCGCCUGGAAUAAAAAAAAUGUAUAUA